GCGGGCGCGCGCGCGCGCGCCCCGCGUCCCUCCGGUCGCUAGGCAACCGCCACAGGUCCGCGGCUGCCACAAACCGACGGACUGGGCGCCAGCGCCAUGGACCUGGUUAUCACGCAGGAGCUGGCCCGCGCCGAGAGCCAGCAAGAUGUGGCCUCUCUGCAGAGAGCCUACGAGCUGAUCAAGUCUGCCAACCGCGGCAAGUCGGAGCUGGACCCCUCGGAGAGCUUCAGCCCAGACCUGUUUGUCCUGUGCGCCGAGCAGGCCCUCAAGAUGGGCGAGCCCGAGGUCAGCCAGGACUGCAUCCAGAUGUACUUCAAGGUGAAAGGGCCGGUCACCCAGUUCCUGGGCCGGGCGCACCUGUGCAGGGCCCAGCUGUGCGCCCCCAAGUCCUCCGACAACCUGGAGGAAUUUGAGAACUGCGUGACCCAGUACAUGAAGGCCAUCAACUUUGCAAAGGGGGAGCCCAGGUACUACUUCCUGGUGUAUAACGCUUCCGUCCUCUACUGGCAAAUGGUGAGGCCGUUUCUCAAGCCGGGGUACCACCACCACGUGAUCCCCAGCCUCUACCAGAUCGUAACUGUGCUGAACCAAACCGAGGAAGAAGACAAGGACUGGCGUGCGGAGCUGAUGCUGGAGCUCCUCGAGUGCUACCUGGAGGCUGGGAGGAAGGAGGAGGCCGCCAGGUUCUGCGCCACAGCAGCGCCGUUCGUCAAAGCCCACGUGCCGCACAGGUACCGGCAGCUGUACUCCGCCAUGGUGCGGCAUGAACUGAUGGAUGAGCUUCAGCUACAGGAAGAAAAGAAAAACUCCAUUAGCUUGUCAGUCUCUUACCACAUCAGCACGCUAAAAGCAAAACUGGAUAAAAACGACUUACCGGAAGAUGUGAACAAGAUCCUGAAGACAGCGCACAGACACCUCUGUUACUACAAUCACCAGCGCUUCCCUUCCGUCAGAGAAGAGAAGGUGCUGCUGCUCUGCGAGCUGGCCCGUCUGUCCUUGACCCUGAAGUCCCAGGAGGUCUCUGCGGACUGCCUCUCGGACCUGAAAAAGAUGGACAUCCAAGACCCCGGGAAGCUGAUCGAGAUCGAGUGUCUGGAGUGUGAAUUAGAAGCCCUGAAACUUGAAAGUAAAACCAAAGCCUACAUCCGAGCGGCCGUGGAGAGCCAGCUGAGCAUCAUCAAGAGACUGGACCUGGCGCUGCAGCGUGCGGCCCGCCUGGGCGACGCCCAGGUCAUCCACGUGGUGUGCACCACCCAGUGGAACGCCUGCCUGCCCCUGCUGCAGCACAACCUGCGGCACCUCCUGCGGAAGCCGCUGGCCAGCAUCGCCGAGGUCCUGGAGAAGGUGGACAGCCUGAUGACCCUGCUGCGCUGCCAAGUGCACAUGGAGCUGGCGCACAUUGAGGAGGACGAGGACCGGCUGGAGCCCGCCAUGCAGCACCUGCAGAAGGCCCAGGCCCUCGACAGCCUGGGGCUCUACCGGGACAAGCUCCAGAUGGCCUUCAACCGGCUGCGCCUGUGCACCAUGCUCUACCAGUCCCCUGAGCGCCCGGAGGACAAGGCCAUCAUGGCCAUCGAGCAGGCCAGAAAAGCCGCCCAUAGAGACAGCGUGAGGAAGAAGCGGGCCCUGCUGGUGAACGCGGGCCUGGCCCUGGCCCCCGACACCUUCCAGAUCGUGCUGGACAGUGAGAACGAGGCCAAAGUGUCCACUGGGAAAAACAGGGGCCGGUUCACCUACCUCUUCGCCAAGGCGCGGCACCACAUGAUCAGCGUGGACAAGGCCGCCGGCCACUUGCGGCGUCUGGGGAAUGAAAACGACAAAGAGCGAAUCGAGAUUUGGACAGAGCUCGCCAAGGUCGCCCGGAAGCAGGGGGUGUGGGACGUGUGCCGGACGGCGAGCCGCUUCUGCCUCCUGUACGACAACAUCAAGGAGAAGAAGCCGCUGAAACUCAGGAAGGGGAAGAAGAAGAAGGGUGGGAACGGCUCCGUGCAGGACUCCUGGGGCCCCUCAGAGGCCGCCCUGCACCGGCAGAUGCUGCCCGACCUGCUGCGGAAGUUCGCCGAGGUGGGGUUCAUCAACGCCGAGGCCACUGUCCAUUUGCUGCGGUCAGAAGGCGUGGAGCUGAAUGAUCCACCCAUCCCCCCCGAGGACUUGAGCCAGCACCCAGCCGGCUACGUGCCUGAGUCCCCAGAGACGAGUGCAGAGUGGGCCACGUACAGAGCCUGGGUGGAAAACCUGUCUCAGUAUGCCAUGAGCAACUGGCUGCGCUCCGCGGAGAUUGGACGGGAGAUCGGGGAAGCCUGGAUCGUGCAGAACGCCAUGGUCUACGUCCUGAACCACAACCGCCACCUCAUCGUGGCCGGGCGGCAGAAGGAGCUGGUGGACGCCCUGUCCCACCUCCUGAGCAUCGUCAAGGACACCGGCCACCACGGGGAUGUGCAGACCUUGGCGGUGCUCUGCAGCGCCCUGGCACGGGGCCUCAUCAUCAGCUGGAUUCCAACCCAGACGCCCGAGAAGUCCAAGAAGUCGGUGCGGCCCAUCGUGCCUCACACGCCGCUGGACUCGGGGGCCACGACAGAGAUCAGGACAGCCGUGGAGGUCUGCGAGUUUGCCCUGAACCUGAGUGACGGGAACGUCCCAGAGGAGGUGGUGUCCAUGAGCACACGGCAGCAGCUCGUGGCCACCUGGGUGAAGGCCAAGCAGCUGCUGCAGCAGCAGAUCGGGCCGCGGCUGGGCCCCGACGGGCAGCAGAGCAGCCCCGAGGACGUCAGCGCCGUGACCAGGGUGCUUGUGGCCCUGGAGAUGUACUCGUGCAACGGGCUCGGCCUCAUGGACUUCAGCGUGCCCUCCCUGGCCCAGGUGGUGAAGAUGGCAUACGAGUGCAGCUGGUCGGACCCGCUGGUGGAGCUGCAGGCGCUGACCCGCCUGGCCCACUUCACCUUCGUGGCCCACGACCACGAGACCACCAUGGCCUGCUCCCACAGGGCCACGGAGAUGGGCAUCAAGUUCCUGAGGAUGCUUGGUCCGGUCGAGGCCCGGCUGACGGCGGAGAUGCUGAGCACGGCGGCGGGCGUCCAGGGCAGGAGCAUCAUGGAGAACCUGAAGGGCAGGAAGCAGCUGCGCCUGGUGGCGGCCAAGGCCUUCAUGGAGAGCGCCAGGUUCGGGAGCAUCGCGGGCAACAGCGCCCUGGUGAUGCUGGCCGCGCGGCAGUACUGGAACGCCUGGCUGCCGUUCCUGUCCUCGGUGGUCAGCAGGAAGAAGGCCAAGGGCACCGUCCAGAGGGUCAUCAGCCUCAUCAACAAGACAGAGGCCAAGACGCAGGAGAAGGGCAAGACGCUGCUUUUGCACCAGUGGCCCACGGCAGACUUCCAGGUCGGCGGGACCCCCGAGGGCAGCUUCCUCCCAGGCGCCGAGGAUGACCUCUCGCUCCGCGUGGCACUCUACGGCCUGCUGUUCCACUGCCACGCGGACCAGGGCGACUGGGAGGGCGGCCUCAGGGUGCUGGACGAGGCCAUACAGGUGCUGCCACGGACGGCCCACCGCCUGUUGAUCUUCAAGCACAUGGUCAUCGUGAAAGCCAAACUCGGCCAGAACUUUACCAUGGAGAUGCAGAAAUUCAAGGAUGAGAGCGAGGACUACUUGGCGCACAUGUGGCACCGCCUGGCCCAGAACUCCAAGAACGUGCACGGCGAGCUCAGCUGCUACCACAACGCCAUCCAGGCACUGCAG